AUGUCGGACCAGAGUCUCCACUUCGAAACGCUUCAGCUUCAUGCGGGUCAUGAGCCUGACGCAGCGACCAACUCCCGCGCCGUUCCAAUUUAUGCCACCACCUCUUAUACUUUCAAUGACUCCGCCCAUGGCGCAAGACUCUUCGGCCUCAAGGAGUUUGGAAACAUCUACAGCCGAAUCAUGAACCCCACCGUGGAUGUCUUUGAGAAACGCAUUGCAGCCCUGGAGGGUGGAAUUGCUGCUGUCGCCGCUUCAUCGGGCCAGGCCGCCCAGUUCAUGGCUAUCUCAGCCCUGGCCCAUGCCGGCGACAAUAUUGUCGCCACUAGCAACAUAUACGGAGGUACCUACAACCAAUUCAAGGUGCUCUUCCCGCGUCUGGGGAUCACCACCAAGUUUGUCAAGGGCGAUGACCCUGUCGAUAUUGCAGCUGCCAUUGAUGACCGUACCAAGGCUGUGUUCUUGGAGACUAUUGGCAACCCUCGGUAUAAUGUGCCUGACUUCGAAGCGAUUGCCAAGGUUGCCCAUGACAAGGGGAUCCCAUUGGUGGUUGACAACACAUUUGGCGCGGGCGGUUACUUCGUUCGUCCCAUCGACCAUGGCGCCGAUAUCGUUGUGCACAGUGCCACCAAAUGGAUCGGUGGCCACGGCACCACAAUUGGAGGCGUGGUUAUCGACAGCGGCAAAUUCGAUUGGGGCAAACACGGUGCUCGCUUCCCACAAUUUGUCGAGCCUUCGGAAAGCUACCACGGACUGAAGUUCUGGGAGACCUUUGGCGCCGCUGCCUAUGCCAUCCUGCUUCGAGUCGAGAUUCUGCGGGAUCUGGGUUCAGCCUUAAACCCCUUUGCGGCACAACAGCUGAUAUUGGGGAUCGAGACUUUGAGUUUGCGCUCAGAGCGUCAUGCCACAAAUGCUUUGGCCUUGGCUAAAUGGUUGCAGAAGAACGAGCAUGUUAGCUGGGUAUCCUACCCGGGUCUGGAGGAUCACCCUUCUCAUGCCCUUGCUAAGAAGUACCUCCCGCGCGGCUUCGGUGGUGUUUUGUCGGUGGGCAUUAAAGGUGGUGCCGCUGCCGGUAGUCAGGUGGUUGAUGGUUUUAAGCUGAUCUCUAAUCUUGCUAAUGUUGGAGACUCUAAGACCCUAGCCAUCCACCCUUGGUCUACCACUCAUGAACAGUUGACCGAGCAGGAGCGCCGUGAUUCUGGUGUGACCGAAGAUGGAAUCCGAAUCUCCGUCGGCACUGAGCAUAUUGACGAUAUCAUUGCUGAUUUUGAACAGUCAUUUCGUGCAUCCAAGGCAACACUAACGGAUCAUACGGGUUAA